AUGAAGGCAAAGAGGUUUCGCAAGGGAGAAGGAGGAGGUGGCACUCUGCUCAAAGCCUGCGCCGGAUGCCGUUUCCCAGAUGCCCCGCCGGUAGGCCUGAACGCUGAGGGAGCUGUAACGUUCGAUGAACUACCUCCGGCGCCGCCCGCGCCGGACACAAUCGGCGUGCUCGAUGAAAAAGAGAAGGAGUCCCCUUGGAAUGAACCAGACCCCCCCCGGUGGGGACGGAGGCCUAUGCCCGAACACAUCCCGACCGAAGAGGAGAUGGAAGCGUGGGAUACCAAAAUGGCAGUGCCCGACACGUGGCUUGAUCGGGCAAUCAACGGCGUCAUGGGGUCGUUGUUUGGCGGGGGUGACGACAAGGUCGACAGUGACUAGCCAUGGAAGAGGUGUACCCACCCAGGGCAUCUCGAUUGCGGCUGCGAGGGAUAGAAAUAUGCACAAAGUUUGAACUCAUUUCAAGUCUUGAGUAUGCGCAUCAAUCGAAGCUUGUCCUCCAGACAAGUCACGAGCGCACCUUCGCAUCGGCGGGAGAUGGCACUCAAAACGAUUGCGUGUCGAGGUCAAGCUCGAUUAUCAAUGGACUCAGUUACCUAUCACGUGGCUGGGGCGGGGGGAGCAUUUCACUCCAGAUCAAGCGUUGUCGAUUGGUUGGAUGAUACCUGACACCUCAAGCUCUCGUUUCAAUCAUCGCUGGGGGUUUGUGGUUUCAUCGUACCGUGUGGCGGAUUUCCGUAUUCUUAAGCCGGCUGCUGCUGAUUGGGGUGGG